AUAUAUAGGAUAUAAAAAAGGUAUAUUAUUAUUGGUGAUAUUUGAUAAAUUAAUAUGAUUGACGGGGAUUUUCGCUUAGUCACGGUUGCAUCAACUAUACACCAAACGAACAGAAGUGAAACGGUCGCCCUGAGGUUCUAACUUCAAGCAUCAAUCCAGAUUGAAAAUAGAGCAUCAUGGGCAGGAAAGGAUCACAGAAUAAGAAUGUGGGUAUGUUGCGUAAUAGUUCAAUGACACUAAGAGAAGAAUCUUUGGGUAAGAAGGAAACCAAUGUUAGUGCAAAGUCGAUGCUGAAAGUGCAGCACUUCAAGAAUGUUGCGAAAUGGGCUAGUGUUGAAGCCUCAGUGCCUUCGUUAGGUGCCUUUUUCGGACACCGGUUGGCGGAUAUUACUGAGGAGUUGGGGGUACCUGGUGAUCCCGCGUUGUUUACUUGUCAGAGAUGUGAAUCUAUUCUUCAACCCGGUUCUAAUUGUACAGUUCGGAUUGAAAACAACAGAGCAAAGGUACGCAAACGAAAGAAAUCAAAAGCUCUCUUUCAGAACAAUGUUGUCUAUAAGUGCCAUUUCUGUUCACAUUCUAACUUAACAAGAGGGACACCAAAAGGUCACUUGAAAGAGUUGUAUCCACCAAAGGAUAAAGCCCCUCCAAAACUUAAGUGUGCUAAUAGCAUACUUGUUAAGGCACCUAUAUCAGACAGCUUGGAGGAUUCUGCGGGUCAUGAGAAACCUGAGGCCGCUUCAGGGAGGGACAUUAUGGCAAGUGCCGAGGUUGCUAUGUCAGAUGUGCCGAAGGAUGACUUAAACGAUCCUGUCACUCCGGUAGCGAGAACAGGCAUGACUUUGUUGGAGGCCAGGAGCAAAAAGAGGAAUAGGUCAAAAUCCAAGAAAGCAACUGAAUCUCAAAUUAGUUCGACAGAGGCUGGAGAAACUGUCAGCGCUUCCAAUAAGCGGAAGAGAAAAUCUUGGACCAGUCUAAAAGAAAUUGCAGAAAGCAGUAACAAUUCUAAUCGCAGGAAUUUAACUGAAUUACCUAUCCCGUUCUUCAUUUAAGGUCAUCUGUUUACUGUUGACGGUUGAAUGCUGCUAUGCAUGUUUCUUAAACGACUAUAUAUUUUCAAUACUUGCAAUAUCAUGAAUAGUUUUAUCCAUUAGAGAAAUAAAUUGAAUAUGUGCUAGAAUUGAUUA